UUUCUGUGGAGCUCAGCUGGUGAACAAAAUGUUAGCCCAUGGUUCAUUGUAUUGGUGUAUCUUCUUCCUCGUUUUACAGUCAAGGAUAGCUUCGUCAUAUCCAGUGAAAUGUUCCAAGCUGCUCAAUAUCUUUGCAAACGCAGUUUCCAACUACACUUACUGUGCUGUGAGCAACUCUCGCCCGUUUCGUUUUUGUUGUCACUGCGAGGAUUUAUACCGUGAAGCUCUAAACGGGCACAACAAUAUUGUACUAGACAAAAACUGCAGCAAAGAGUUGAUCUUUGCCGAAAAACACCAGCUGGUAGAAUAUGCCUAUGAUUUUACGGUGGAUAUUUGGAAGAAGUCUAAUUGUCCAGGUAAUAAUAUUCUACAUCUGUUCACAUGAUGAUCGAACCUUCAAUGUGUGGAUUAGGCUAAGUUAUGAUGUACAUAAAAUGUCUUCUCAGGUUAAAGCAUAAUUUCAUUUGUCUCCUAUGAUCAAUUUACGCUGGAGGAAAAAAAGAAAUUCUGAAUAUCAAACUACAAUCACAGACAAAAGUAGUUGGGAAGGUUGUACAACUUAACAGUAGUCCAUUUUAAUCCUGAAAAAAGAGAGUUUUCUCUUACAUUAACGUUUUGAUAAACAUUGGGCCAGGGGCGGGGGGAGGAAGGAAAAGAAGAGGUAAAAAAGGCAACUUUCCCAACACUUUUGACGAUGAUUGUACAGUGCAUUAAUUUGGUUUAACCCCUGGCUAGAAGGGGGGGGGGGGGGGGCGUGGGGGGAGGGUUACCCCCUUAUAUGGGUCAGAUAGGAAUGCGCCGCCUGAUAGGGUAGGUUUUUGAGGGUCUUCAACUCCGGGGACAGUACUCGACCAAUAUUUGGUUAUAGGUGAGCCGCUGAGGGUUUGAAACCCAUGACCCAGUUUAGGACAAAAAUUCCUAAAAUACAUACCCUGUUAAAAUGCACAUCAUCUUGUUUUAAAGCCAUUUAUUAGCACUUGCCAUAGAGCAAAUUCACAUUGUAGUCAUUGCUUCAGUAUACUUGGAGUGCAAACAAAAAUCAAAUUAAUCGUGCAGGCAAUAGCCUGUGUAGCUGGUGGGAUUCGUGUGCCCGAGGCACUUUCUUGGCGUUGGAGUCACCACGUAAAGUGAGCAGCAAAGCUGCGAAGGUAAAUCUUCCCUGCCACAUUUCUUACAAGUUUUGAAUGCUGCCUACUUUUGUCACCUUGAUUGGAACCAUUUGAUUACUCAAUCAGAAAAAGUGGUGAAAUACAAAACUGACCUGCAAAUGUGGCAGGCCAAGCAAAACAGUUAACUCAUGGACAAGACAACUACAUGUUGCAAGUUAUUCAGGAUCCAGGCAGGGUAUUCUGCAGUUACUCGAAACUUGAGAAACUAAAACCUGGUCAUUUAGCCACAAUAAAAAGCUUCAUGCUUCAAAAGAGGUCAAGAAAUUCCCUAAACUGCUUCAGAGGUCAAAUUCUGUCAGAGACAAAAUACAUAAUUAUGAAAUCAAUACACAGGAAACACAUCAGCUUAUGAUCUCUCAAUCGGCAAAGGUAACAUUUGCUCAGUCAAAACCAAGAAUCCUCCACAUCCUCCUCCCACUUUUUGAAAGUGCCAGUUUUAAAUGAUCAAGCACUCUUUUAAUGUUGAGCUCAGAUGGAUCAGGGAGUUUGCACUGCAUGACAAAAGGCAAUGUUGUCUGAUGCGCUUUUGUUAUAGAGCUAAUUUCCUGUCAUAAAACAAGAUUAGUUUUAGCCCUUUCUGAGUAAAGUAUAGCAGAAGACAUGCCUUAAAUUUUGAGAUCUAUUUCCCUCAAAAAAAAGUCUUUUGAGGAUUUCAUUAAACCAUAAAUCUUAUUGUGGGGUGGAGCCUUUUAGCUUGCUCAAUUCUUUUUCAUUUCCACUUGAACUCACUAACUUUUCCUUGGGAGGGACUAGAGAUUUACAUUAGCAUUUGACUGAUGUGUGAUCACCUCUCAUCUAAUCAGAAACUCCUGUAUGCCUGGUUGUCGGAUUAUUCAAAAUACCCAAGAAUUAGGGCAGGCAGGAUUUCNCUGCAUGACAAAAGGCAAUGUUGUCUGAUGCGCUUUUGUUAUAGAGCUAAUUUCCUGUCAUAAAACAAGAUUAGUUUUAGCCCUUUCUGAGUAAAGUAUAGCAGAAGACAUGCCUUAAAUUUUGAGAUCUAUUUCCCUCAAAAAAAAGUCUUUUGAGGAUUUCAUUAAACCAUAAAUCUUAUUGUGGGGUGGAGCCUUUUAGCUUGCUCAAUUCUUUUUCAUUUCCACUUGAACUCACUAACUUUCCCUUGGGAGGGACUAGAGAUUUACAUUAGCAUUUGACUGAUGUGUGAUCACCUCUCAUCUAAUCAGAAACUCCUGUAUGCCUGGUUGUCGGAUUAUUCAAAAUACCCAAGAAUUAGGGCAGGCAGGAUUUCAAUUUAUUUGUCCAGCUCCCAAUCUUCAUGUGGCUCCGCUGCCAAAAAACUGCAGCACUCCCUCUAAUCCUGCCAGCUGCUCAGGCUAUGCAAGCAAUACCCUGUUGACAGACUCGCACGAAAUUAAGUGCCUGUCUAGGGCAGACUCACAUGAAAUUAUGUACCCUGUUUAGGACACUGAGGUCAAAAACCAUUCCCUGUCCAGCGGCACAGCCCCGUAUAGGGUGUGAAAAUAUGAUGUGUUGUGGAGUAUUUUUGACAAAAUUUGAUUUGUUUGAUAUUUUGAAGCUACACUGUGUUGAGUAUUUUAUAUAAGGUUUUGGCAAUUUUUUUUUCAGAAGAUAUUGAAUAUGACGUUGGAAAUUAUCUCUCUUAUCUAUUCUAGAUUGCUUUAAUAGUAAGAAAGAUGGGACACCAACUACAGUAAAAUCAGAAAUCAAGGAUUUCUUUAAAAAGUUGGAUGAAGUUGAGCACUGCUUUUAUAACAAUUCUCAGGUACUGUAUACCUAUGUGUAUAAUUCAGCUGACAUGCCAUGUAAAAGAAGGAGAUCAUUGCCUCUAUAAGAAUAUUUAUUAAUUAUAAUUAUAUAGCUACAAUAGAAUGCACGCUCUGAUUGACUGCAGAGCGGGCAAGAUUUCCUUGUGAUGACCGGGCAUUAUUAGCUAGCUGUCCAAGGCAUUUACAAUCUGUGUUUAAGUUGAUAGUGGGCAUCCAUGUUAUGGUCAAUUGACAGCUGUCAAAAAAGGGUAUCCAUUGACCAGUGUCAGAUGACUGUAUCACGGGCUCAAGUGUACAACUCAUUGAGGCGGCAUGUUUUUUUAAAGUUAUCUGCUGACCAGGUAUUGGUUUUAAUUGAUCGCAGGCUCAAUACUUCUGGUGUUUUAUAUUAAUGGAGCUAAAAAGGACAUAUGAUAAAUAACAUUAACCUCUUCCGUUCAGUCGUUACGGGGAAAUCUUACACCUCGGCCCUGAUGUAUUGACCGAGCGAUAAGGCUUUAGUCUGAGAUUUCCCUGUAAUGACCUCACUCUUGGUUAAUAAUAUAAGUGGUAUAUAUUGAAAUUUUAGCACAUUGCGAACAUUUCCUAGAGAUCAGUGAUUUAUUGCCAUCAAAUAAUUAUUGCUAUCUUAUUUUGUUUCCUACUGUAUGUCAGGUGAAUUGUGGGAACAAAAAUUGAGAAUUGCAGCCACUUUCCCUGUAACGCAAAUUUAACCACAUUUUUGUGCAAGCUACUUGCCUCAUUUUCACGCUAAAACCUUGUGAAAUUAUACACAUCCUCCCUGUCCCUUAAAUUGAAUCCUUUUUUCUGGGUUAUGCAAGCAAUUUAUUAGUUGGCUUGUGUGCCCAUCUGCAAUGAUUUUUCAAGUGUGAAAGCUUUCUCCUGCAGUUCAUAAUUUAUAUAAGAAAAUUAAUUUCACAGUUUUAUUUUUAUUAAUAUUCACUUUGAAUUUAUAAUUUCAUCUUCUCUAUAUAAUUUCAUCUUCUGUAUAAUGUUGUUUUUUUACAAAGCGACCAGCUCCCAGUUUACUUGAUCAAGCCCAGCGGUAUAAGAGCUUUGCACAGGUCAUGAGUUCAAAUAUCAUUAGAGCCUGAUAUUUUUUUCUCUUUUUCUCUCUUUAUUUGCUCAUAAGCACUUUGGGAGUUUGCUGGAUCAGGUUCAUCUAAGAUUUUGUGUGUACUGUUUUGAUGAAGGCUCUUUAAUUUUGAUGUAUGUUACUCUUUUAGCUUUGGUAUUUACCAUAUGCUUUGCAUUUUAUUUUGGUAUCUCAAAGAAAAUUUUGGUACUGCAAUAGUGGGGUAUGCUGCAGUGCUUCAAGCUCACCUUUUUCAAGGUCGCCUAUAGGCAAUCUAAAACUAUCCUAAAAUAGUCACUUUAGUUGCCAAAAAAGGAGACAAUAUAAUAAUUAUAUAAUUGUCUCCUUUACAAUAGAAUAUUUUGUGUAAUAGAGAGAAAAAGUUGUUACAUCACGUAACCCGGUAGCAAAAUUUUUGGAUCUCAACAACCAUGGCAGCCAUGUUGAUCAGUGCACUCAUAUGUAUUUCUUGGCUGAUGAGCCGAAAUUGAUUAAUUGGGAAGAGAACCACUACACUUUCCUUCUAAAUUGUUUUUUUUUAUGUUGAGUUGUUUGAAUAGGGAGUUUAAGAUGUCACUGUGGCAGUGGCAUCAAGAACAUCAAAGAAGCAAUAGGUCAGGUUAAGAUUAGCAAAACAACAACUUUGCUCAUGCAGCACACUUUUCUGUACACUUCUUUGCCGUCACUGAAAGACUAAGUGAAUUACCUAAAAAUUUUUCAUAUUUUAUCAACUAUCUGUACAUACGACGAUAUUUCUCGUUCUCUUUUUAAACCUGGAUAUUUUUCUUAAGAGGUCAACCUCAGGCAAGUUAACCUACAAGUACAUUAGACAAAGUGAGCGAUUUUAGAUAAUCACACUCAAGUUACAAAGAACUCAAAGAAAAAAAAUGGUCAUUACAGUAAGUGAAACUGAUGAUUUAUUUCUAAACGUGUAAAAAUACCUCAGGCUCUCUCACUUUUUUCUCUUUCAUGUAAUCAGCAAACAGCUUCUUUGCCACCUUUGUCAACCUCUUUGUGUUUUGUGAGUCCUUGUCUUUAACUAUUUCUUCGAUGUCAUGCUUGGUCAAAGAAGCAAACCUGGAAGUCAUGUUUUGCUUCUUCAAUGACAGCAAACAACACAAAAUGCGUGAACUUGACAUGAUUACCCUUAGAAAUCAUGCACCACAGUCAUACAUGACAUGAUUACUCGUGACCAUGAGCUCGUGUCCUUGACAGAAAAAUUUGCUGUACGCUUUUGGCCAAUCAGAAAAGAGGUAGUGAGUUGAAUGUAUAAAAUAGCAGUAAUAAAACACUGUAGUUUGGUACAUGACUGCCCCACGCAGGUCACCAAAUUGGCAACGUUUUCAGUUUUAAAGUGCUACUGAAACGAAAAUUCAAAGUGGCUUUUUUUUACUUAAAAUCUGAAUUUUUUUCUACUGGAGUUUAUGGAGUGUUCUGUUAGCUGUUUUUUUUCUUCCAGAACUAAGUGCCUCAUUUUCGUAGUGUGAAAUUUUUUAUUUUAUUUUAUUUGCCACACAAUAAUUACAAAAAAUAUAGGAAAAGAAGAAAAAAAGAAGUGGCGAGGAGACCUAACGGAAACUAUAGGAGCUUAUGAGAGGUUAGGCCUCCUCGAACUAUGAGCUAGAGCUGUUUCACAUCAAUUGAAGAAAAGAAGGCGAAAAGUCGAAGAUGGAAAGAUUUAUAAACUGUUUUCAUACUUACUCAAUAAUUUGAUCUUCAGUUUUUUCUUGAAAGAGGAGAGGGAUUGAGAGUUGAUGACCUUGUUGUCAAGUGAAGUAAAAAACUUAGGCCCUUGAAAAAAGGGCGAGAACUUCUUCGUGUUUGUACGACAAUACGGUAGACGGUAGGCCUGGGAAUUUCUUGUAUUGUAAGAGUGGAAUUGAUUGCUUUGAGAGAAAUUGUUAUUAAACUUUGGAGGUAAGAAUGAAUUUUUGCAAGAAUACAUAAAUUGGCCCAGUUAAAGCAAAUGGAUAUCAUUAAAUUUCAGUAUACCGAGGUCCUUAAAGAUGGGUUCAGUAUGAGCAUUGAAAUGUGAUUUAUUAAUAAUUCUAAUAAUGCGCUUUUGUAGGAUAACAAGGCGGCAGAGAUUGGUUUUAUAGGUUGAAGCCCAAACGAUAUUGCAGUAGUAAAAAUAAGGAUAAAUUAAUGAUGAUAAUAAUGUGUGUUUAGUGCUGGGUUGUUGUUAAAUUGAAAAAGACAACAAAAACCUGCAUUUCUUUAAAGUUGCUUGGUGAGUGUUGAUGUUAUAACUGAGGAUAUAUCUGUGAAUGUUGACUUUUGAUUUAGCAACUAUGAUUUCUGUAAAAAAACUGAAGGCAAAAAGGUGUUUUUUCAUUUUUCCAUGACGAUAAAAAUUGUAAUUUUUUGUUCUUGUUUAAAUUCAAAAAGAAAUAUUUUGCAAAAAAACGCUUUUUUUGGAAUUUAAUAAAUAUCCCAAUCUGAAGGACAUUCUACUCAAUGCUCACAACUGACAGUUCAGCCCAGUUUUAGGUGAUUGAGGAAGUUGCAGUAUUUUAAAGCGGUGUAAUCUUGUACGGCUUGUUUUGGCUGUCACAGCCAUCAGUGGGUUAAGACAUUUGUGCUGAAGGGUUUCCAGAAUGCUGUCAGUGAUAUUGCAUGUAAUUUGUUUAAUAGUAUGACCUCCCCGUGGCCUAAUUGGAGUAGUUGUAGUACACUGUAUUACAGUGCGACCACUGUAACCUGGGCCAUUUAGACAAAGUUGACCAAUCGGAUUAGAGGAUAAUACCAAUACAUUCCAAGAAAGUUGGUUUUGGGCCAGUCACCAGUACAUUAAAAAACAAUAAGUUACUGGAAGAACAAUUUUAAAAUAUUGAUAGCAAACACUCUUCAAAGAAGAUACAAUGUUUCACCAGACAAUGUUUUUCUAUUGAAAACUUUACACCCAGGAGACAUAUUUGUUUGACCCAAGCUGUUAUUUUGUCAUCUACAAGCAAUUUCUUUGCUACCAUUGCCCCACUUUGCAGUAACAUACAACCUCAAGUCAAAAUUACAACUAACAUUUACAUUUUUUGCCUCUGUCACACGCUCUAAUGGACCUCUCAAGAAACACAGGCUUUUUUCAGUGGGUUCAAAAGGUCAUGUCUGUAGGUUGUGAUUGGUUGAUUUCGAUACAUGCUGUUUAUUUUGUUUCAUGUUAAUUAUUAUUGACAACUAAAUUUCUCGGAAAAUAUUAUUUUCCUGUAAUCUGAUUGGUCAACUUUGUCUAUAGGUGGCCUUGAUUGUAGUAGUCGCUCUGUAACAGGGUUUCGCACAUAUUUUUGUUGUCUCUUGAUUACCUGUGUGUCUCUAGGAUGUGUUACUUGUAAAACAGGGAGUUAAUUCUUCUUGUUGGCACUCAAUUCUCAUUUGCAUGUAUCUUCAGAUUCACAUCAUUCCUGUACCAUCCAACCACAGUGGCGCCAACUCUUCUACAUUACAUACUAGCUUGUGUGAUAAAUGCAGAGGAUACUAUAAUGAUCUGGAGAAAUCUUACAAGAAGAUAAAAGUGUCCGAUGCUCAAGAUUACAAAGUUUGUGGAGAUGUAUCUGCUUCGGUAAGUACAUUAAUGCUCUGAAGAGGAUAGCCUGUGAGAGCAGAUGCCCUUUUAGACUUUUGUUUUACACAACCUACACAAAGCCAAAAAAGGUGUUUACUUCCUGAUUUUUGAGGCUCAAUUUUCUUUCUAAUUAUUCAUGAUUACCGUAAUUACUCAAAUAAGCGCCGCUCCCAAUUAAGCCCCACCCUCCAAUGAGAGCCGCAUUUGGAACAAGAAAGUUAAUAAUCACUGCCCCAAACUGAGUGCUGUGGCCCUGAUAUAAUCAAAAUCAGAAGAGUUUAAUUCUGGUUGUUUAAUAUGGAAAAUAACAAUACCGUAUACAUAGUUAUUAUACAAAUUAUUCUUUGUUACGUCCAACUUUCAAAUCAAUGUGGCCCUCAAAUAAUUUAAAUUCACUUGAGGCGUGAAAAAUUUAAUGAGCACUAUGCCACUUACUCAAGUAAAUAUGGUAUGUUGUUUUCUCUCCUGACCCUAUUCAUAGUUACUGUAAUGAAUAAUUAGCAAUUAUUGGAUUAGGCUGAGUAUGAUCUGAAGAAUUAUGGAGGCUAAGGAGGGUGUUGUCCUUGAGCUCCAUUAAUACCCUCCAUGAUUUCCUGAAUUCUACAGUCAGAUCAUACAAAAGUCAAAUUGUUCCAUUGAUUGUUUUAUUAUUCAUUCAAAAUAAUUCCUUGUUUGAAAACAAGCUAAGGCAUGCUUACCUCAAUCAGUUUUGAGUUCCUGUCUUUAUUUGUCUAUUUCUCGGCAAUUUGAGGAGACAUUAAACAGGGAUAUUUACUUCAGUAGAUAUUCUCCAAAUAGCAGAUGUUGUCCAUUGAGUUGUAUCCUUUCUGUUCUUGCCAUGUUUUAAGGCAGUAAUUCAGCUAUUUCUUCUUCACGAAACCUGUGAAAUGUUCCACCAUGUUGUACUACUCUACCAAAACAAAGCAACCUUGUUCCCAGGGCUUCUCAGUUGCCGUCGAUUUUUCUGGCAUUUAUGCUGACUAUUGACAUCAUUUUCCACAUAUUGCAAACAUCUUACAGAUUUGGUCAACAAUAGCUGGUUAUAAAGAAUUGGGCAUGGGAUUUGGGCCAAUAAGAAACGGACAAAUCUUUUGAAUAAAAUUUAAUAAUAAUUGGGAAUAUUACAAAUCAGGGUCAGAGGACAAAGGAAACUGCGAGGUAAAAGCUGACAAUUAACUUUUUAACACUGGCUGGAUUUCCUCUGAUAAAGGGUUUAAAGUAUUCAAUGGAAUCGUUGGAAUAGUUCCCAUGCUAAACUAUACGGAUAUCCUUGGCUUCAGUGAAGUACAUACCUUUUUCAGUCUAGAACUACACAAAAGGGUAGAAUUUUACAAGUUUGAGAAAGGGUCUUUCAAAGUUUUAAAAAGUUAUGCCCUUGAGAGGCUGCUCAAGUGAAAAUUGGGCAUACUCUUCCGUUAAUUAUAUAAUUUAGUUCAUGAGUGUAGAAAGAGAAUUGAUUUUUUUGUGGAAGAGGCGGUCUGUGGUCAAAAGCAGUUACAAGUUAGAAUUAGGGGUUUGGACCUUGGAGGGAGCAUCACUGUUAAAAACAUUUGUAAUAAAUUUUUGCUUGGGUCAGCAAAGUAUGUGAUCUUCUAUUCGUUUUUUAAAAAGAUUCUCCACUCAUCUUUGUUUUGUUGUUAUUCAGAUGAAUUAUACGCGGCAGCGCUGGAGCAAAAACUUCAACUGUGUCAAGAUACACACAGAUUUGGUGUCUGUUGUUGCUCUUACAGUUUUUUUCUGCUUUCUUCCUGUGAUUUUCUACACUUCUGUCAAACUGCAGUAUGAUUACUCCAAUGAAAGAAAGCCAGGUUAGCUUAUUAUGCAGUAUUAAAGAAACAAUCUUUUCUAUGUUGUCCAUGGCCACUCUGUUCCAGGUCAGAUUGUUCUAUGACAUUGAGCACUCGGGUCUUUUUUGAAUUUUUCGCAUUUAGUACCCAAGCAGCGAGUGACACCACAAUGAACUUAUAUGAAACUGGUGAUUAAUAAAUUGUUGUUUUUCUCUUUCUCAACGAAGCGAUUAUUUUNAGAAAGCCAGGUUAGCUUAUUAUGCAGUAUUAAAGAAACAAUCUUUUCUGUGUUGUCCAUGGCUACUCUGUUCCAGGUCAGAUUGUUCUAUGACGUUGAGCACUCGGGUCUUUUUUGAAUUUUUCGCAUUUAGUACCCAAGCAGCGAGUGACACCACAAUGAACUUAUAUGAAACUGGUGAUUAAUAAAUUGUUGUUUUUCUCUUUCUCAACGAAGCGAUUAUUUUUAUUUUAUGGAAUAAAAUGGCAUUAACCAUGACACCAUUAAUAAUGUUCGCUAUUAUUUGUUAUUUUUUAUUAUUUAUAAUUAUACGUGUGAUCACCAUUUUAACUUGAACUCAACAAGUUUUUUGCAAAUUCCAUUUCUAUGAUUCAGUAAAAUAUUGGCCUUUCUUUUCUCCAGGUGCCUCUUUCAGAGCUAGCCAGUCAUAGUUGACCAAGUGAGUUACAAAUCCAGGUAACAAGAGUCAAAUGCGGUCUUGGUCAGUAGGCACUGAGGAGAUGAUGCAUGUCAUUGUCUAAUUCACACUGGUGUAUGAUCGAAAAACAUUGGCCCAACAGUAAAUAUCAUAAAUGUUUAAAAACUAUCUAAUUCAGGAAGGCCUAACUUAUGUGAGGGUGAUUAGAUAACUGCAAAGAUCAUGAUUCUAUUCACCACAGUUUAUAAAUUCUCGAUACGGAAAUGAUGGUAUAUCGCAUUCUGUGUUAUACAAUAGUCACUAAUGGCUGAACUUUUCGAAUAGCUGAAAAAUCUCACUUCACUUUCAGCCAAUCAAGGCGGGUUUGUUCAAAGGUUUAUUUCUCUGUUCAACCUCAAGUAGCCCGUAAUUAACUGUUUUUGUUUAUCUAUUUUUUUACUAUAAAUGAUUAAAAAACGAGCAGCUAAUUUGUGGUUGAGCAACUCAUUACUUCGAUCACAAUUGAAAAGUCAUGUAUAUUACAGUAUCAUCUGUUCAAAUAUUGUCACUUAAAAUUUCGCAGAGUAGAAAACCUUUGAGUACAAAAAAUAAAAGAAUAACCUAUUUAGUGGUGAAUGGUUUGCUUUGAAAAAGGCACGUGCCAGUCGCACGCGCGACAUGUCACGAUCAAUUGUUCUUAGAAUUAUUGCGGUCUAUUGUUCGCCCUGUGAACGGGCAAUCGUUAUCGUCUGUCGAAGCGUGCUACCCAUGUGUUGCUGAGGAGGUCGCGAGCGACACGAGC